AUACAUAAUUUUACAAGUGAAAAUGUCAUAUCUUCUUGUUUAUAAUAGCUUCGAAAAAGAUAGCACAACGAGAGCGUAACCGCUUUAAUUAUCAACGCAAAAUUACCAGUUAAAAGCUAGUGAACGAAAACACAAGGCGAAGGAGGAAGGAGAAAAGUGACAGGAAAUUGCACAAAACGCAGUUGAAAAAUGAAUAGACACUGGACUCGAAUCGAAAACUCCGCAUGUCUGGAAUAACGGAGACGUCCGAAAACAUCCGAGACGCACCGAGGACGCGGCCGACACUUCGCGCAAACGACCAAUCGAGCGGUUCUCGGGUCCGUACAGGUCGGUGCGAGACAAUCCAGGACAGGUGAAGCUCGUUCCUCUCGAGAUAUAUGGAUACAUCUCCGUCGUCUCCGCCGUGGAUAGAGCUGUGUGUCGCGGAGUUACACGCCGCUCUUAACGGAGACAGAAGAAAAACGCGGGACAGGUGCAUGAGGUGAACAUUAAGCCUGAUGGGUGUCAGGACAGCGAGGGGACGAGGGCAGGCCUCCUCACACUCGCGCCUCGCGGUCCUCGUCGUCGUCGUCGCGCCGUCGCGAACAUCGUCGUUCCGUCAUCCCGUCGUCGUGCCGCGAUCAGCACCAAAAUCGACGAGCGGGCCGUGUUGUACGUGCACACAACAAGCUACAAAGUGUUUAUAAUUGAACGGCCGUUUGUUCGUCAGUGUGCUCGGCGGAGGUGCAGAGAAAGGGAAAGGGACGACGUGAAAGAGAAGGAAACUUGACAGCGCAGAAGCGGAGAAAGCGAGAGAGGGAGAGAAGAGAAAAAGAUAAAGAGUGAGAAGGUAAGAGUGACGGAGGGACAGAUAGAGCGUGAAGAAGAGAAAAGGAGAGACGCAAUCGCCAAUAUACAUAUACAUAUACAUAUAUGAGAAGCGCGCUCCGUGAGAGAGGAGCGAGAUUGGCCAAGAGCGCCGCCGAGGCGGUGACAGGGACAACAUUUUCGGACGACGUAUUUUUUUCCGCGAAAAACGAGACGACGGCCGUGUCCCUCGUUUGCCGCGCUUCUUCGACGUGCACCCGGCGAUGGGACGUCCCGUUGCACAACGGCAACGGUAGUGCGGCGGCCGCAGACCAUCGUCCGCGACUCCGGAAUAACCUGUUCGCGGCACACACGAACGUGGUGUCAGUUCGUCGACAGGCGUGACAGAUUCCCGUCUCCGUUGUUCGGGUUCUGUCUUCACUGACCACCCAUCUGUCGCGGAUAUCAUCACAAAAUGACGAUGUUCACGGGCACGGUGAAGAUCGAGAUUUGCGAGGCGGUGGGACUCCGCGCAACCGACAAGCAGCGCAAGUUCUGGCAGGACGAGCCGAUGCUCGACCCUUACGUGCAGCUGGACGUCGACGAGAACCACCUGGACCGCUCGUCCACCAAGCCGAAGACCUUCGACCCGGUGUGGAACGAGAGCUUCACCAUCGAGGUGCAGAACGCGGCCAUGCUGGGUAUCACCGUCUUCCACGACGCGGCACUGCCGCCGGAUUACUUUGUUGCCAAUUGCACCAUCCCGUUCGAGGAGCUCAUCAACCGGGACGGCAAGACCACCGACUUCUGGGUUGACCUGGAGCCUCAAGGAAAAAUGAGAGUGAAGAUAUCGUUGCAAUGGAAUGAUCAAGAUCCACAAACGAGUUGCGGCAUGGGGGGCGACGGAGAAAGCACCAGUAGCAGAGGCACCGGCAGUAUCAAUUCGAGUAAAGAACCACGGCGGGAAUUUAUGGAGAGACAGGGCUUCAAUCGGCGGAGAGGUGCAAUGCGACGAAGGAUCCAUCAAGUGAAUGGGCACAAAUUUAUGGCCACCUUCCUCAGGCAACCCACAUUCUGUUCGCAUUGCCGUGAUUUUAUAUGGGGCUUGGGCAAGCAGGGCUAUCAAUGCCAAGUGUGCACUUGCGUAGUCCACAAGAGGUGUCAUAAAUUGGUCAUAACUAAAUGUCCAGGAAUGAGGGACGAGGGUAAAGGAACUGGAUUACAGUCCAGCCAUGACACGGAGAGCCCGCGCUUCAGCAUAGACAUGCCGCAUCGCUUUGUUGUUCAUAAUUACAAGAGAUUUACAUUUUGCGACCACUGCGGAUCCUUAUUAUACGGUUUAUACAAGCAAGGCUUCCAGUGUGAAGCCUGCAACAUGAAUGUUCAUAAACGGUGCCAGAAGAACGUACCGAACAGUUGCGGUAUCAAUACUAAGGCGAUGGCCGAGAUUCUGAAAACGAUGAAUAUCUCGGCGGACAAGCAAGUUAAAACGCCGAAAAUCAAUUACAGAGUGACCGGCCCGCCGACGUCUGGAAUAGACGAAAUGACCACAGAUUUCAGAUCGAUGCAGGCCGGUCAAAAAGUAGACACAUCAAUUAACGCCAAUGAAAAUGCAGUGCCUGUUAACGGCAGUGAACCAAGAAAAUUCGGUAUAGACGAUUUUAAUUUUAUUAAGGUUCUCGGUAAAGGCAGUUUCGGUAAAGUGAUGCUAGUGGAACGAAAGGCUAACCCCGACGAGGUCUACGCCGUGAAGAUUUUGAGGAAGGACGUCAUUAUACAAGACGACGAUGUGGACUGCACGAUGACGGAAAAGAGGAUUUUGGCCCUAGCGGCGAAGCAUCCUUUUCUCACGGCUAUUCAUAGCUGCUUCCAGACGACUGACCGACUCUUCUUCGUCAUGGAAUACGUGACCGGAGGCGAUCUAAUGUUCCACAUUCAGAAGGCUCGGAAGUUCGACGAAGCGAGGGCGUGUUUCUAUGCGGCAGAAGUGACGCUCGCGCUUCAGUUCCUGCACAAAAAUCACGUUAUAUACCGCGAUUUGAAACUGGAUAACAUAUUGCUGGAUUCGGAAGGACACAUUAAAUUGGCGGACUUCGGGAUGUGUAAAGAGAACAUAAUCGACGGAGAGACGACAACGUCGACAUUUUGCGGCACGCCGGAUUACAUAGCUCCCGAGAUACUUCAGGAAUUGCCAUACGGCGCUAGCGUGGAUUGGUGGGCUCUCGGUAUUCUGAUGUACGAGAUGAUGGCUGGACAGCCACCCUUCGAAGCCGAUAACGAAGACGAGCUGUUCGAAUCGAUUUUACGGGAUGAUGUAUUGUAUCCGAUAUGGAUUUCCAAGGAAGGAGUUUCUAUUUUGAAAGGCUUCAUGACUAAGAAUCCUGCCAAGCGAUUAGGUUGUGUUUCAGCCAACGGCGGCGAAAACGCCAUAAAGGUCCAUCCAUUUUUCCAACACAUGGACUGGGAAGCGCUCGAAGCGCGCAGGGUAAAACCACCAAUUAGACCUAGAAUUAAAAACGAGAAGGAUGCCAUGAACUUCGACACGGAGUUCACGAAAGAGGAUCCCGUGUUGACGCCGGAAGACACGGACGAAGUGAGCUACAUUAAUCAAGAAGAAUUCCGCGGUUUCUCGAUGGUCAACAAGGACUUUAAUCCAGCCAGGUGGCGAAUGCGCUAAAUGCACAGCGGCAGAUUGGCGUUUUGAAGCUGCUCGAGGUCUCCUUUGGCCGUGACUUACGUCUGACGAAGAUGUUCUGCCCAUCGCGAACGGAGAUUUUUCAGCUAAUCAAGAUACGUUGAACGGCAGGUACUAAGAAUUUGGUAACUUCAGCCGAAUCAUGAAGAAUACCGAAGUUUCGUUUUCUUGAGAGUUUGCGUUUUUUGCGGAGAGAUAUCUUUAGUCGGCAGAAAACGUUGAUUUUGACGCGGAGGUCGGCGAGAAGAAAUUUUACGGCAUCGUACGAAAUAUCAAUCGGCAGAAGCUGCAAUCUUUUACUGUCACUUUGUUUUUUUUUUUUUUUUUUUUGCAAGAGAUGCCAAAGAAUUGAUGUUGCUAGAAAUAAACAGCAAUAGUAUAACCGAGACAUUUCGCGAUGUCUUGAAAACGAAUUAUUGGGAAGUGCAAUCGCUAUUUAAUGAGGCGUAGUACAAACGAAUGAAAACGUGGGCUUUCGUGAGCCGAGCGAUCGCUGGGCGAUCAAGAAAUCAAUUUGAAGUGUUGUAUUCCUAAAUUAUAUUUAAUGUUAUUAGAGAUGCAAUGGGAAUCCAAUUUCAUAUAGAUUUACUUAUAUAUAAGAUAGGAAAUCGAACAAAUUUGGAAAGAGAUAUCUUUACCGGUCUUUACCAAUUUUUUGACACACUUGUCGUUAUUUUAACUUCGUUUUUUAUCGUUUUUUUUUUCUAGUUAGAAUAUUUCUUAAUGAGUUUUACUCGAUGAUCUUAUAUGCCAAGAUUGUGCGCACAGAGCAAACCAGAAUCGAAAAAAAAAAAAGAAGAAAUAUUUCGUUUAUCUCUUCCAGUAUUAUAACUCGAUUGAGUUUUCAUCCGGCGAUAUUCGAUGUUGCGUUAAGUAGGCAAUCGAAAUUCGUAUACUCACCGAUUCGCAGUUUACAGACACGCUUAACACUUGUAACGUAUUCUAUCGUCCCCUGCUUAACGCGAUAUUCUAAUAUUGGCCCUCGUUUUCGCUGGCUGUUGUCCAGCGCCAAAUCGAGCUAAGUCAAGAGUUCUCAUCGAGCUUUACACAUGCACACAGAGGAGCAUCUCGCAGCGCUUCUUGGAUAGGAUCUAAAUAAGAAAAGGGAAAUAAUGCGCGCUCGCGCCGAUACGGAUCGAAGCAGGAACGAUUGGGGGCGAUCUACGUCGGGCGUGCGCGCGUUAUACUUAAGUAGACCUUAAGUGAACAUUAUUAGAUUCGAGAGAGAGAGUCCACUGGUGGUCUCCAAUCAAAGUACAUAAAGAUAUAGAUUAUAUCCAUAAGUAUAUGUACCUGCAUAUACAUUUAUUUUAGUAAGGCGUGGACAAGCGAGAGGGACGACCGUAAAAAAAAGAAAAAGAGAGAGAGAGAGAAAAAGAACUUUCGCGACGGGCAUAUUAUAAAUUUGCACUCGCGAUUCUCGGAGUCUCUUAGCGCCACGGUGCGCGGACGGAUUUGAUCACCGGUCGGCAGUCAUCAGCGCGAGCAGCGUGUGCCUCGAAUAUUCCAUAUAUUUCUGUAGAAGAAAAGUUUUAAGAAGCAGGCACGGCUGUUCGCGGCGUGAUCGAAUCGUCCGUGCACCGCGGCUCUAUGGCGAUUUUUCAAAGGCGCGCGAGAUUGUAUAAUAUGUGUGGUAAUAGUCGUGUACACACUAGCGAGUGUUCUAGAGAUUUAUCAAAUUUACCGAAAUGUCCAAGCAAGAGCAGCAAGUCCAUCUAUAGUGAUUUUCGAUGCACCAUCCGGGAUCCUUAAACGUGUUAUCUCUUAGGUAGGUGUCUUCAAAACAAAGCUUGUGGCGUCGACUCUUGUACCUAAUUAGUAAGCUGAAAGCUCUUUAGCGCGUAAGUGGGUAAUAGUAAUAAUAUUUUGUUAGUGACUUUUAAACACACGCGGCACGUUGACGUUGUAGUUAUCAGUCGAACGUCUCCGUCUUCUCGGGUCGGACGAUGAUUUCCGACCGGAGGGGACGAGCGAGGACAAAAAGAAACAAGCAAAGGAGGGCAUGAUAUAUCCAAACUUUAAUGUACGUCGUCGAAGUGUAUCAUCUAGUUUGCGCCGAAAAUUCGCCUCGGCUCGCACGCUCGACAACGCGAAAAAAAAAAAAAA